CUAUGGCUGCCUUUCUGAUUGGCCAGCAACUGCGUUAGAGGCGGGCUUAAGAGUGAGGGGCCUUUGCGGCUGGUGGAGGGCCGCGUCCGUCACAGGGGAGCGGCGGCGGCGGCCUAGUUUGAAGCAGGCGAGGCCAGCGCUGAGGUGAAGGCAACGCUCCUGUGGGGCAAGUGGGCAAGGCAUGGAAGUGCUGGGAUAUCCAUCUGUGGGGCUCUUGAGAAUGGCUGCAGCGAAGGAGGCCGUCCAGCGCCCGUCCCUGGCUCCGAGCCCGAUGCCAGCCGAACGGCUCCCUAGGUCUCCAGCAGCAGCAGCAGCAGCACCACAGCAAGCACAAGCACCCAUGUAAGCCUCCUUUUCCAGCGCCUCAGAUGAGUCCAGAUAGGCAUAUGGCAUUGCUGAUGGAGGGCUUCCUCUUUGGACUCGGACCCCAGCUGCAGGAAGCCAUUCAGCUGCAGGAGGCAGCCAAGGCAGAGCUGGCUGUUCAGGAGCCUGGGACCCGGCAGUGGGAGGCGCAGGCGGUGCUGGACCAGAGGCGGCAUCGGAGCCGGCAGCCGGCAGAUGAUCCGGAGGCUGGCAAGACGCACCAAGAAGAGGACCCCCUUCAGCAGUUCAAGGAGGAGCCUUGCAGACACCUGACUUCUUUGACAGAGGGCCUGAAGGAGGCAUGGAGGGGACCCAGAUGGGAGCAAAGGCUGCAGGCCCUGGAAGGUCAGGUGCCCAGACAGACAUGGAGCUCCUGUGCAGAGGGGCAGACAGACCCUCUCAGUGGAAGAGGAGGAGGAGAGGAGCGGUGUGCGCUGCAUAAGGAACACUCCAGGGCCUGGGCAGAGGCGGAGGCAGAGGUGCUCUGGGAGGAGCUGCACAAUGCCCACCUUCUGGCCCAAGAAGCGAUGGCACAGCUGGCAGUGGCCGAAAUGGAGGCAGCCGCCCUGAGGAGCAAGUACAGGCUGGCCCUGGAAGAGGCAGCUGAAAGCAACCAGGCCCUGGAAAUCCUCCGAGAAAAACAUGCCGUUCCAGAGCAGAGUGCGGCUGAGAAGGAGGCACUCCUUGGCCAGUUGGAGAGCCAGGACCCAAAGCAACUGGAAGACAACCUGUGCAGGGCACAGGAUGAGGACACCAUCCUGGAGCUUCGUGACAUUUUGGCUGCCUCUCAGGCCUCCCAGGAGGAAGUGGUCUCCAGGAUUUUCUGUGCUCAGGAAGGAGGGACGAAGACACUGCCGAGGAAGGGACAAUUGAUGAGCCAGCAACCGAAGGAGCUGCAGGGUGAGGUGGGUCUGAGUGCAGAGCGGCACGCAUCCCAAGGACCUCAAGAGGAGCUGGCUGCCCUGAAGGAGGCCCUGCAAGAGUCCCAGGAGCAGCAGAGUGCUGGAAAGAAGCCUGAAGUGACCACCCUCCAGACGAGGCUCCAUCACCAGCAGGACGAGCAACAAGAACCAAGAAUGGUGGAGCAGACGGGCCUCAUCCUGCAGCUUCAGCACGAGCAGAAAACAUUCCUCAGGCAGAGCCCAAGCGCAACGGCCCACUCAGCUAGCAUGGAAGAGCUACAGUUUAAGCUGCAGCGCCUGCAGGAGGAGCUGGACAUCUGCAAGGGCCGCAACCAGGAGAACCUGAGCAAGCUGCAGGCUCGUGAGAGCACCAUGGAAGAGCAGAGCCUGGACCUGGACCUCCUCCUACAGCAGUGCCAGGCCCACAAGGACAAGCUUGUCUACUACGAGGAGGUGGCCCAGAAGCAGGAACUGGCCCUGGCCCAGCAGCACCAGCGUGAGCGGCACCUGCAGGAGCUCUUGGCCCAGGCCGAGGGCAGCACCAGCCUCCUGGAGGAGAGCCUGGCCCUCUAUAAGCAGAAAUACCAGGCCUCGCUGGCCAGAACUGGGGAGCUGGAGAGCCGCCUGCAGCGCCUGGAGGAGGAGCUGGCCAACCAGGCCAAAGCCAAGGAGGAGGCUGUCCUGAAGCUCCAAGCCGAGCGGCUUGUCUGGCAGGAGGAGCUGGAGGGCAAAUGCCAUCAAGCCAGCUGCACCGAAGAAGCCAUGGAUCAGCUAACGCGAGAGCUUAGCCAGAGCCGGCAAGUGGCUAGCCAAUUUGAGCAGAGCACCCGGACGCUGCAGCAGGAGCUGGCAGAAAGCCGGACCAAGCUCCUGAGCCAGGAAGGGGCACUGGCAGCUCUGCAGAGAGACUUUGCCUCCUACAAGACAACCCACAGCUGCUCCAACAGCAGCUAUGAAAACCAAGUGCGCCACAUAGAGGCUCUCCAGCAGAGGCUGCAAGAAGCCAAAGAGGAGAGCGCGGAGCAUCAGCAGGAGGCCAAGGAGUACCGGGAGUUGGUGCAGGACCUGAAGCUGGAACUGGUGCGAGUCACGGAGCAGAAAGGCACUGCCUUAAAAGGCCUGGAGCGCCUGGAGCUGACGGCACAGACCCUGCGACUGGAGGCGGCCGCAGAGCGGGAGAGGCAGGAGACUGAGGCAGGUGCGCUCAAGCAGCAGGCCCAGCAGUUGGAGCUGGAGCUCAGGCAGACCCGCCAGGCAUGUGCCCAGCAGGAGCAGGCCGUCCGGAAGCGAGAUGAAGUGCUGCAUAAGUCCCAGGUGGAAAUGCUGCGUGCCCGGAGCGCUCUGCAGGAGAAAGGCCAGGAGUUGGAGCAGCAGCGUACCCAUGCUCAUUGCCUGGAGGCGAGUCUGAAGGAGGCCCACAAGGCACUGGAGGAGAGCCAGGCCGAGAGGGCCACUCUGCGCUCCGAGGCCAAGGUGCUGCGGCAGAGCCUGCGAGAGAGCCAGGAGCGGCACCAGCAGGCCGCCCAGGAACUGGCCCGGCAGGAGGAGCAGCUGCUGCUGGCUCAGAACAGCCUCCGCACGGCCCAGGAGCACCUGGAGGAGCGUGUCGCAGAGGUGGUGCUCCACGCAAAGGCCGCCCACCGGCUGGAGGUUGAGGUCCAGGCCCUGAGUGAACGGGCAGCCAGAGCUGAAGAAGAGCUACAACAGAAGAGAGACCUCAUGGAGCGGCUGACGGAAGAGCUGAGCCAGUCACGGCAGCAGCACCAGGCAGCGGCUCAGGAGGCCCAGCAGCAACGCCAGGCAGCAGCAAGGACGGAGCGGAAGCUGGAGGCCAGUCGCGAGGGACUGAGAACCCUCCAGCAGCAGGUCCAGGGGCACGAGUUGGCGCUAGAAGGGCUGCAGGCAGAGCUCGGGAAGCAGAGGCAGCGGGAAGAGGAACUGCAAAGGCGGCUGCAGGAGGCCCAGGAGCGGGAGAGGCAGCUGGCCCAGGGUCACAAGGACCUGCAGCGCCGACUCCAGAGCAGCCAGUGUCAGCUGCAGGAGGUUGAGUGGAAGAACCAAGGGCUGCAGCUGUGCGUGGCUGAGCGGGAGGCUGAGGGCCGGGCCCUGCGGGAGAAGCUCAAGCUCCAAGGCGCAGAACUGGAGGCAACCCAGAACAGCCUGGAGGCGGCCCAGCUGGAGCUGCAGCAGCAGGUGACGGAGGCACUGCGUCAGGAGGCAGCCCUUGCCCAGCUGCGUUCAGAGUUUCACGCCCUCCAGGAGCAGGAGGUGAAGAACCACCAGGCCCUGCUGGUAGCCCAGGAGCUCAAAGCCCAAGCAGCCUGCUGCCAGUCCACCCAGAGGGAGGCGAUGGAGAAGCUAGAACAGAAAACGCGGGAGGCCUCCUGUCUGCAGGCAGAGCUGGAACUGGCGCAGCAUAAAGUGGCCCACCUGGAGGAGCAGGUCUCCCGCACUGAGGCACAGCUGAAGGAGCUGGUGGCCAUCCAGAGGGAGCAGCAGCAAGAGGUCUGUCGCACGGAGGAGAGGCUGCGGGAGUUGGGCCUCCAGGCGCAGCGCUGGCAGAAGGAGCACCGCGCGGGCCAGUUGGCUCUGGAGGAGAAGGACGAGGAGCUGGUGGUGGCCAAGGUGGAGCUGGAGGCCAGCGAGGAGCGAUGGCGCUGCAUGGCCGAGGAGAGGGACGAGCUGCAGAAUGAGGCCAAUCUUCUCCGGCAGAAGUUUGUAGUCUCCAGCCGGGAGGUGGAAUCCCUGCAGACCUCGCUGGAGGCGUCCCAAUCUGACAGCCGGCGCCUGCAGCACGAGAGCGAGCUGGUGAUGGCCAACGUCAGCCAGUGGGUGACGGAGCAGAAGAAGGUGAACGAGAAGCUGGGCUGCAAGAUCCGGGACCAGAUCAAGCAUAUGGCUCAACUGACAGGCGAAAGAGACCAUCUCCAGGGACUGACGCAGAGGCUGGAGCAAGAGAACAAGCGGCUGAAGAACGAAGUGGACGAACGGCGCAUUGAGUGCGAGCGCCUCAAGGCUUUCCGCAGCCAAGACCUGGACUCAUGCACAACAUGGCGCUCAGUGCUCUCGGCAGAGAGCUCUCCCCGGCUGCCUCAGAGGAAAAGCCAAGUUCUAGCCACAGACUGGACCCGCCCUUAGCCCCUCCCCUCCUGCGGCUGGCCCCGCUUUCCUUAACCUUCACCCUCCAAACAACCCGUUUUGGUCCCGUGGUGCCCGGCUCGAGGGCCUUUUGCUGGGACCUGCAGCCCUACUGCAAUCAUGUGCCUUUGCCAGAGAAGAAAAAAGGAAGAGACUUGUGCAAAUACUAAGCCAAUAAACGGGGGCAGCUCCGCUACCUCCCCCAAGAAGGGAUUCCUGCCGCGUCCUGCAUCCUUUUGGGGUUGGGGGGUCAAGGCUGUGGCUCUCCAGGAGGAAGAGGAGGGAGGAGGACAGUUGCAUUUCCCCCACCGGAAAGAAAGCCCCUCUGCUCUGCCGCAGGAGGGCAAAGAGACGCACCGCUCAGAGCCUGGCCAGGAAGCAGCAACAUUUAUAGAAACAACAACAUGACUUCUCAGUGUCUGUCCAAGGUGGGCCGUGUUCAGAGCUGGGCGGCUAGAGGCCGAAGCGGGCCGGCGUGUGGCGUGGGGUGGCUGGCUGACCCUGUUCCUUGCGCCCCGGAGUGUAGAUCUUGGUGGACCUGCAGGGAGGCAGAAAGACAGAUAAGAAGAUGAUAAUAAAGUAAUGGUAAAGGUU